UUCGGACUCCUUGCUAUCUUGUAGUUUUCUUCAGUUCAAGCGGCGCGGAAGCAUCUCGCGCACGCGUACUCGCGACGUAUGGUGGCCGGAAACAAAAGUUUAGUUUAAAAGCGCGGGAAAUUAGUUUAGAAAAAAAGUGCACUGACCAGCAGCAACCAUGCUGGGCGGGACCAGCAUGUCUUCGCGUCUUUUCAUUCUUCUUGUCCUGGCGGUGUCCACGCAAACACUCACUUUGGACCAGGAAGCAACCAGCGCGGUUAUCACCACAGCCAAGGAGGCGCGCGACGACGGAGAGCUGGUGAUCGUGGUGCGAGGCCCCCAUGGCCGCAGCACGAGAAGGGAGGAACUGCUGCAUGCCAAGACUAGUGAGGAUGCCGCUAUAUCGCUGUAUUAUAACAGGAAGAGCAAUAAGGUGUCCCUAGAAAGCCUGCACGGCGGACACCUCAAGUCGGUCUCCUGGACUGUCGGCUCGCACCGGCGCGGCACCCUCAUGCUGGUGGUAGCCUCCAACAGGGUCAAGCUGGUGGUCGGCUGCAAGCCACUGCACUGGCACGCCAUGUCCGGCCAGCACGACCUGAUGCCGCUGCUGAAGAGCCAGCACUUGAAACUGUAUCAUGAAGAAAACGCACCAGUCGAAGUAUACACGAGCGAACGAGCCGCCUUAGACUCCCUAAGCUGUGACAUCCAAAACGACUUCUUCAAAACCCCAGCUCAUGUCAAGGAAGCAUCUGACAUGGAAGAGAUCAAAGAUUACAUGGAGAGGGAAGAGAGGAAGAAACGUGAAGAGGAACAGAUGCAAGGAGACGAUUAUAGAGCGAAUUAUAUAGACUCGGUCCUAGGCCCUACUACCCCGUCUUCUCAGAGAGGAGAUAUUCCAUCUAAUGGCAUUGAGACUUGUGAUGACGAAGUGAUCCGGCAGCUGCAACUUCUUCGGCAGACCAUAGACAGUCUCCGCAAAGAGGUUGCGGAUCAGAAGCGCACCAUAGACAGCCUUCGCCAGUGUUGCCAGCGCCAGCCGGCAGUGGAGCGAUGUUCUGGAUCUUCAUGCUACCCUGGAGUGGAAUGCCGCAACACGGCGAGCGGGAUCGAGUGCGGCGCGUGUCCGCGAGGCACGGAGGGUGACGGGCGUAGAUGUCGCCCCAUCACGUGCGAUAGGCGACCGUGUUCGCAGGUGGAAUCCUGCGUGGACACAGAGCAAGGCUUCCGCUGCACACGGUGCCCAGGGCGCCAGACCAGUGACGGACAGACCUGCCAGACUGCAUGCAGCUCCAACCCUUGUUUCGGUGGCCGGGUCCAAUGUCAAGACCUACCUGACGGUGGCUACCGAUGCGGCUCCUGCCCUCCCGGUUUCCAUGGCAACGGAGAGGAGUGCUACCGGCGCUCCUGUAGCCAGAUCUCCUGCUUCCGUGGCGUAUCCUGCGAAGAGACCCCCUCAGGGCCUCGUUGCGGCGCCUGCCCUGACGGCUACGUGGGCGACGGAACCCGCUGCGCCCACAUCUGUGACAGCUCGCGUCCGUGCGGCGCCAGGAACUGUCUGCCGGCGGCCGCCAGCCCCUUCUACCAGUGCGAGGGCUGCCCCCGCGGGUACGAGUGGAAUGGUUUCUCGUGCGUGGACAUGGACGAGUGUGACCUGAUCCGGCCCUGCGACGAGCUGGUCUCCUGCCGCAACGAGGAGGGAGGGUUCACUUGCGGAGCUUGCCCACCAGGCUUCUACGGCAGCUCAGGCUGGCGCGGCGCGGGCGAGGAGGCUCGCAGGGAACAAUGCGUGGACCUAGACGAGUGCGCGGAGGGCACGGCCAACUGCCCGCGCGGACGACUCUGUGUUAAUACGCCUGGCUCCUACACGUGCGUCCCUUGCGGCGCCGGCAACUUGUACGUGAACACGACGCGGCGCUGCUUCGGAGCCAGCAGCCUGAGCCGCGGCUGCGACCCCGGCGAGUGUCGCCGCCACAACGCCGUCUGCGGGUACGGCGACCGCUGCGUCUGUGCCAACGGGUGGGCCGGCAACGGCACCGUCUGCGGGCCGGACCGCGACCUGGACGGCUGGCCGGACCAGCAGCUGCAGUGUUCCGACGAGCACUGCGCCGCGGACAACUGUCCCAGCGUGUCCAACUCGGGGCAGGAGGACGCGGACGGCGACGGGCUCGGCGACUCGUGCGAUCCUGAUGCUGAUGGAGAUAAUAUUCCUAACAAUCCCGACAACUGCCCUCUAAAAUACAACCCGGACCAACUAGACCAGGACGAAGAUAUGAACGACAAGCGAGGGGACGCCUGCGACAACUGUCCCCGGAAAUACAAUCCCGGACAAGAGGACGCUGAUAAAGACGGCCUGGGUGACGCUUGUGACCCGGACAUGGACAAUGAUGGCAUCCCCAACGAGCACGACAACUGCCCGCGCCACUUCAACCCCCAGCAAGAGGACGUGGACGGGGACCGGUUCGGCGACGCGUGCGACAACUGCCCGCGCGUGCGGAACCCCUCGCAGGACGACGCCGACAAGGACGGCGUGGGCGACGCGUGCGACAGCGACGUUGAUAGGGACCAGGACGGAAUCCAAGACGGCCUGGACAACUGCAUGAAGAUCCCCAACAGUGACCAGUUGGACACCGACGGCGAUGGAGUAGGCGACGCGUGUGAUGAAGAUAUGGAUGAGGACGGUGUGCCGAACAUCAGGGAUAACUGCCCAUUGGUACCUAAUCCGGACCAGGCUGAUCUUAAUAACGACGGCCGAGGAGACGCUUGCUAUGGUGAUGACGAUGGUGACAAGGUUUUGAAUGAAGUGGACAACUGUCCCAAUAACUCACGCAUUUUCAGAACUGACUUCAGAAACUACAUGACAGUCCGUCUAGACCCAGAAGGCGAGUCCCAACAGGACCCCAACUGGGUAAUCACGAACGAAGGAGCAGAAAUCCUACAGACUCUGAACUCUGACCCUGGUCUUGCUGUCGGGUAUGAGAGCUUUGGAGGCGUGGAUUUCGAGGGAACGCUGUUUGUCGACACGCUUAUUGAUGAUGACUAUGUUGGGUUCAUCUUUGGAUACCAAAGCAACAAGCGGUUCUACUCAGUGAUGUGGAAGAAGAACACCCAGACUUACUGGCAGAUGACUCCGUUCAGAGCUGUCGCGGAGCCGGGCAUUCAGCUCAAACUGGUCAACUCCAAGACCGGCCCUGGCAAGAUAUUGAGGAACUCGCUGUGGAACACUGAGACUACUAAUGAUCAGGUGACGCUACUAUGGAAAGACCCUAGGAAUGUGGGUUGGCGCGAGAAGACCGCCUACCGUUGGAGACUGCUGCAUCGACCCAAGAUUGGACUCAUCCGGCUGAGGAUAUACGAGGGCAACCGGCUAGUGGCAGACUCUGGUAACAUCUACGACGGCACCAUCAAGGGAGGUCGGCUGGGAGUCUUCUGUUUCUCACAGGAGAUGAUCAUCUGGUCCAAUCUGGUCUACCGGUGCAAUGACAAAAUUCCGGCCAACAUAGCUCAAGAACUCCCCAACGACUUGCGAAGGAAAGUUGAAGUAGAAGAUAGCUUCGUUUACACAUAAGUAGCAACAAAGUUUUGUGUCAAAUCAAAAAUUCAAGUAACAAAAAUACUAAGAAAAUAUUAAUUAAUAAGACAUUUCACAUUACAGUACUCAUUGGCUUAACACUUCUUGAUGGAUUUGGUAUAUUUGAUUGAAAUACUUACCUAAAUCUUAUUUAAUUAGCUUAACUUUAGUGUUAUUAAUAUAGUUUAAGGACAAUCAUUUUAAUAAAAGGUUUUGUACAUA